AUGAGGAACGCAACUCGAGAAGUGUUUUCUGGAGCGGUUUCGUCGUCACCACCGAUAAUCUGCAUUCAGAGCUUUAACGCCCGGCGAUUAGCUUGGUACACGCACAGCCCUGCUCAACACGGCGUCCACAGCGCGAGGAGGAACGAGCGGGUCCUGCUGCAUACGCCAAAACGCCUGGUGCUUUUCCGCAACGGAGAGCCGGAAGUGAAGCACACGCUGACGCUGCAGAGGAGGACCACAUACUCCUUCGAAGCGCUCUUAGAUCACAUGUCAGAGGUCAUGCACUUCCCUGUGCUCAAGUUACACACACCUGAAGGAAGGAGGGUGGACGGGCUUCCUGCAUUGAUCUUAUGCUCUGGGGUAUUGGUGGCCGCUGGCCGGGAACCCUUCAAAAAAAGCAACUAUGAUGUCCAGAAUUCAUCUCCACCAAAGUGGCCACCGGCUAAAAGACUGGGACGGCGGCGUCCAAUAACCAGAAAAAAGAAAUCCCGCAGCGCCAAAUCUUGUCCCUUCUCCCUAUCUUCCGAAAGCUACAUUGUGAACCAAAUACAAAGCAGUUUACCAGGAAGUAUGUGUGAUUUUCCAAGCAACCCAAACGGCUCUGCGGGAGCAGCUACUGGAUAUCAUCUCGAGUCCGUUUCGGAAACAGAAAUAAUCACCAGUCUGGAUGGUGAGAGAGAGGAUGACCCACACAUGCCCUCUGAUGAUGACAUCGAGAAAUCCUUUCGAGUCAAUCAAGAUGGAAGUAUGACCGUUGAAAUGAAGGUACGCCUCACUAUUAAAGAGGAGGAAACCAUUCAUUGGACCACCACAGUCAGUCGCUCCAAUGUGUGCAAUCAAUUUACAGCAGCCACUCUUCCUUGUCCUGAGCUGGAAGCUAAUUUAGCUGAUAGCUUACCCCCUCAAAACGAUCCUGGUGCCAUUGAGGUCAACGAGAGUGACCCCAAUAACACGAGCUGCUCCUGCCCUGAGGAAAACUGUAAGGUACAUCCACAGAGUGAGAUCAAUGGAGGAAGCAUGGAGUUAGAGCGGCUUGCUCACAAACAAGGAUCCGUCGAGAGCAUCAGUGAUACAGAAACGAAUAAGAACUCUUUAUGCUCCAACGUGGAAGAUCCGGACAAUGGAGAGGCGAAGCAGAACCACCCCGUCCCCAAGCCUCGAUGCACUCUUCCCUCUGAUACGAACACCACCACAUCGAUUCAGUCCAGUGACUACAGAUCUUCAGAAGUCCUCCAGUUGCAGGACUAUCAGAAAAAAACUGUGUUACACAUCUGUGAAGAGAACUUCUCAGGCAAUUCGCAACAUGGCUAUAUAGCAUCUUCUGACACAGUAUCCUCAGAUAAAACAAUCCAUUACUUUAAUGAAGAUGUGAAAUCUGAGACCAUGGCAUCAGUCAAAUGUCAGUCAAUUUGGGAAAAAGAUAAACCAUAUGCUGCCACUUACAAAACAAACACCUCCUCAACACAAAGGGCCAAGGUGUCCGUAACACCAUCCCCAAAAGCAUCGGCAUCUAGAGGAGUUAUUACUGUCGAUACAACCACAAAGAGGAAGUCAGUGCGAGUAAUAGUGAAAAAGAAUCACUUGUUUAGGUCCGCUUAUCCAGAAAGAAAGCCGAGGGAUAAAAAAGAUGACAUCCUGAAGGAGAUAAAGAAAAUAAGAGCUGAUAUACUGAGCCAGAAAGGAGCUAUAAAACAUGUCAGAGCAAAAGCGGUUCAAAAACUUCUGAAAAGGAGAAAUAAUAGUGGGAACGGACUAAAGCCUCAAACAGAGCGUGUUCAGACGACGUCGAGUACAGACGACCCAAGCCCACAAUUGGUUGAAAAAGAACAAAACAACCUACAAGUGCAAGCUGAUGGUUUCACUCGGCCAAAGGAAAACCUGCAUAAGACAUCCGUCAGCAAAGGCACAAUGACACAGCAAACAUCAGACUAUGUUGAACUCUGGCUACAAUCUCAACAGAUUCCAGCACAGUCCUGUUUAGAAGCGAUACCCAAAAAUAACACAAUGGCAAAAGCAUCACUGUUCAAUGACCAAUCUUGUAAGACAAUACAACCAUCAACAAAGGACAAAAUUGAUGAGAAAGGGAUCCAUGUACAUUCGCCAAACGCCAAAAGGCCAACACUUUCAGACUUAACAAAAACAAAUGGAAAUCAACAGAUUUCUGAGCUAAUAGUUAAGACCUCCUCGCAUGACACAGAAAAUACUUUGAGAAGACCAAUUAAUAUCCAAAGUAAGCCUCUAACAGAACUGAUAGAUCUGCAAGCACAAAAAUACUAUACGGUUAAAAUGGCUGUAAGGCCCGAUAUGAAGCCUGUACUUGAUCGGCUUUGCAAUUCCAUCCUGUCGCUUCGUGAGAUCACCCAACACAAGCGGUCAUUAUGUUUGAAAACAUCCAAAUGUCUGCCAGAUUUUUCUUCAUCCUUGGCAUCUACGUUUAGCUCUUCCUCUAGGGUAGUCCUUGCCUUUCUUUCCAUCAUGACUUUAAAGGAUGGCUUAAGCCAUUUAAAUACAUGUAGUCAGACUGAGGCCAACCUAAGCAGUUCAGAGGCAAUGCUCAUGCUCCAGUCUCUACAGGAACUGGCAGUGAUAGAGGAUGGACAACAUCUAAGGAUAAGUCUGUCUGACCUCUACAACUCGGCAUCUGAUCAGCUUCUUCAGAACUGGAAGGGCUUCCAAGUACUGAACAAUAAAGCAAGAACUAGCGGUGGGAGUGAGUCCCAUCACAGGUCAAGUAUAGAGGAGGAAGAACAUUCAAUCCAAGUGCUGAUGGAACAUCUAGGUGUUCCUGAAAGAGUCCGAGAGGAGCUGGCGGCCCUCAACCAUGCAGAUGUAGAGUACAUGACUUGCAGUCAGAUGGAGGACACUGACACAGUAAGGGAUUCACUCCCAGAGAUGAAUAUGAAUGGCGUUUCAGAGCACCGCUCUAAAGAGCGGGUGUUUAGUUUCUCAGAGUUUGUGCUGGAAGAUUAUGUGAGCACCUAUGUUAAUUCAGUUAUUGAUAAAGCUAUAAAUGCACACCUCACAGCAGGCUCACAGGCAAGACCUGAUGUGGACAAUCUUGUGAUCACCGAUAGACACCAACGAGAUUUGAGAAAUGAGAUCUUCUCCAACAUUAAGAGAACUUUUCAGGGUGAUGCGAUACCUGACUCUGCUAUCUGCGAGGAUGUGUCAUCUAGUGAAUCUGGCUUUGAGGCAGAAAUGUGCCGAGAAAUGGGGUUAAAGAGAACAGGAUUGCAAGGAAUGGAGAAAGUAAGACGCAAGCGACCAGGAGAAGAAGAGACUGUCAAGAAACAUCAAGAAAAGGAAGAGAGACAGUGGGAAAUUGAUGAGGGAAGAGGUACAUGGGAAGAAAGUAGUUCUGAAGUAGAGAAGACAGUAUUACAAAAAGAAGAGGUCAUAGGAACAGCGGUAAAUGAUAUCGAGAAAUACAUAGACACGGUUGAAGAGGAAGGAACUCAAUUAUCAGAGGAGUCACUUAUUACCUGUACAGGAAAACUACAUUUCUCUGUGAAAGAAAAGUCCCGCCAACAGAAGGACAACGAGAGUGAGAUCUUUCCUUGCAAUGAAGAAGAGAAUCUUACUGUGAAAAGUCCAGAACAGGUAUACUCAAACGAGAAGAUUUCAGGACUUUGGAGCAAUGAGAGGGAUGUUGCAUUACCUGAGGUGCAAGGUAUUUCUCAUUGUGUUCAUAUUGAAUCAAAUACAGAAGUGGAUCAAGACUUGUGCAUGGAAAGUGGGACUUAUUCAGAAGAGGAACAGGUGAUCCUAGAAGCGCCAGAAUGCUACACCAUCUACCAAGAGGACUUUGAGGAGAUGUCGAAUGAAGCCACAGAGUGUGAGGACAAUGAGAUUCAUUUUAAGGAAGAAAUAGCAAGCACUGUUGUAAAGCUUAUCUGCAGUCUACAGGACCAGGAAAAAUCAGAGUGUAAGAGACCUCAUAAUACAGCACAAACAUUUGGCGAACAGCUCUUGAACCACAUCAAUGAACCAAAUCUAGAGGCAGCAGAGUUUACCAGAACCACAGAUAGGGCAUCCAUGGAUUCAGUCUCAUCCUCAUUAGCAUUCAGCUAUGAUUCCAAGAACAGUGCUUUGGCAAAAGAUUCAGAGGUACACAUUCAGACCAACAAAGUGAAAUCCAUCAGAGACAUGUUUCUUGCUAAGAAGAACUCUACAGACAUACAGCCGAGAAGCCCAAGUUGUGAUUCGGCAGAAUACCGAUUUGAAUCCUCUGACAAGAAACAACACCAAUCCACAGACGAUUCAAGAGAAGAGGAAGAUCCAUGCAAGUUGUCCAUUGCCAAAGGUUAUGUAAAAAGGACUAUUGAGCGGCUUUAUGGGCAAGGCCCUAAAGGAUUAUUAAGUUCUGAUGAGAAGAGAUCUUCUUCAGCCCACAAAGUCAAGAAACGAGAAGGCCUUAAAGGUACAAAUUCCCCCAGGUUGCCCUCAAUCAAUGAGGCUCACACUAAUGCCAUACAGGAUUUGUCAUACUUUAACGCCACGAGCACAAGAGACGGCUUCAAUGAGCCAACGCAAUGCGUUACUCUGAACGCCAGGGUGGGACCAAAUGAUGCAGUCCUAAUUGAUAAGGGUCGCUGGUUAUGCAGGGAAAGCCAAACGAGUCCGAAACCUUGUCCAGAGAAUGAAGACACACCCAAGCGUGUAAAGUCAGAGACGGAUUCUGGGAACGAGGAUAUUCCAUAUUCCCUAUUUGGCCAUUCUCCCAUCAUACCUGACAAGGAUUCGUCUCUCAAAGAACAAGGGGAAAACACCGGGUGCCUAGGGAGGACGUUCACCUACUUUCACCUUCCAAACGCCAAUGAUUCAGAGAUACAGCCAGAAGAGCAAAAACCUGACCCUCCCGAGGGGAAAACAGAGAUCAAGGAUACAGAACAUCACAGUAUUGUGUCUGCCUUGGUACCACCAUCCAAUAAGGUGCAUCCGAUCACAGAAACUACACCUCCAGUAGUUACCCAGCCGACUAAAGGACAAAGCGCUACAGUCACAAGACGCUCUGCAGAACCUGAUGCGCUGGAGAUUAUAUAUGUGUUUUGUGGACAACACUGCCCCAUACUCUAAACUUGCUUCAGAUUGUGAAAUAAUUGAUUUGUACAAUAUCGACGUUAGUCCUCACCUCGACAUUGGCAAUGGGCACCAACAUGAACUCAAACUGAGAACAAAUGCCAGUCUGGAAUGCUCUCUGGUAACCCCAAGGUGUGUUUGAUUGGGGAUGAGUGGCUCUUGAGGGCCGGGGAUGCCUGGGUCUAGUCUGCCUGUCCCUGAUGAGAAGCAGUGGCCGCUGUGCUGGCCGUGGAUUAGAUUGAUACAAACAAAGAUUGAAGACAGAACAAACUAAUGGACUAAGAGACCGUUUACACAAUGCUUUUUUGGUUUUUAAAUAAAUGCAAGACGCAGUGCGUUGGAAUGGAAAAAAAUGUGCAAGAUCUCAAGAUGCCUUUUGAAAAGUUGAACUUCUUGGCACACCAGUUUUACUCCAGAAUAAGAUAAUUAAUGAAUGGCGUCGAGCAGUUUUUAGCACAUUAUAAACAGAGAUUAUGCUCUGGGCAACAGCUCUCCAGCCGUCAUUUGCACGACAAGCUCUUUAACGAAUUGUGCAUCCUUGUUUCCUUAAGAUACAGGGAAAGAAAAGGAAAAACAUAUUUGUCCGCUACAGACAUGCUCAAUCUCUCACGGUUGGCGGAGCUGGAAGAGUCUUUUUGUCCAAAGCAUAGAACAGACUUAUUUCUACUCAUCUAACAGUGUAUGUUGCAUGACCACGCUGCCUGUGACCACUAAGGGAAAGUUGGAGAUAUAACAUUUAUAAUUUUGUGUUUGUAAAUUGUAUUUAUUUGUAUUAUUAGAAAUGUCAGUAGAUUUGUACAAACUUGUGUUGUUAUUUUGGUAACCAUUAUAUCUCACGCAUUAGUAGACUGUUGGGGUUCGGGUUAGUAGAAUAAGUUGUGAUGUAGUUGAAAAGUUAUUAUAGUCAGUAGAAUGUCUGGAAUAGUGUCACCACCUU